GACGAAUUAGGAUGUGUUCACAUGGUAAUGAACGUCGAAAGAUUAAAUCAUCGAUUACACUGCAUCCUGGCAUACAAGAUAAUUCAACAAAAGCAACACCAGCAAAAAAUCAUGUACGUUCUCACACUGGAGUCCCAAAAAAAGAGCUUUUAACAGCAAAAAAAAAUUAUCCGACUACUUGUCUUAGUUUAUGGGAAAAAUAUUCUGUUCAAGAAUCAAAUGAUAAAGAAAGCUUCCAAAAAGCAUUUGUCAAUCAUGUAGCAACUACACUUGCUAGAUCCAUUUACAAUGUUGAUAAUUUUAGUGCUUAUCAAGCAACUGCCCACACUGUUAGAGAUACAUUGAUUAAACGUUGGAAUUAUACCCAACAGAGACAUACUGAGGUUGAUCCUAAGCGUGUUUACUAUUUAUCAUUGGAAUUCUUGUUGGGUCGAUCAUUGGACAAUGCUCUUCUUAAUUUAAGGGUGAAAGAUGUUUGUGGAGAGGGAAUAAAAGAAUUAGGUUUUAGUAUGGAGGAUGUUCUUGACCAAGAAGUUGAUGCUGCACUUGGUAAUGGAGGCCUAGGCCGUCUGGCUGCUUGUUAUAUGGAUUCUUUGGCCACUUUAGAUAUUCCAGCCUGGGGAUAUGGUCUUCGUUACACUUAUGGUAUUUUUCAGCAAAGAUUAAAGGAUGGAUAUCAAGUAGAAUUUCCAGAUUAUUGGUUAAAUUUUGAUAACCCUUGGGAAUUGCCACGUCUUGACGUUGUAGUUGAUGUUAACUUUGGUGGAUCUGUUAGUAAAUAUACUGAUGAAAAAGGCCGUGAAAGAUAUACCUGGGAGGGUUCUGACACUGUAGAAGCUGUUGCCUACGAUGUUCCCAUUCCAGGUUAUGAUACCAACAAUUGUAAUAAUAUUCGAUUAUGGAAUAGUAAACCUAAACGUCAAUUUGAUCUUAAAUAUUUCAAUGAGGGAGAAUAUGAGAAAGCUGUGCAAGAACAAAAACAAGCUGAAAACAUAACUGCAGUGUUAUAUCCUAAUGAUAAUCACAUGGUUGGAAAAGAAUUACGUCUCAAACAACAAUAUUUCUGGGUUGCUGCAAGUCUUCAUGACAUAGUUCGCCGGUUUAAAAAAACAGAGAGACCAUGGAGUGAUUUUCCUACACAAGUCGCAAUUCAAUUGAAUGACACUCAUCCAACUCUAGCAAUCGUUGAACUUCAAAGAAUUUUAGUCGAUAUUGAAGGACUUGAUUGGGAUAAAGCAUGGGAAAUUGUUACCAAAACAUUUGCUUUUACAAAUCACACUAUACUUCCUGAAGCUAUGGAGAAAUGGCCAGUUCCUAUGGUUUCAUAUCUUUUACCAAGACAUAUGCAAAUAAUAUUUGAUUUAAAUCUUUUCUUUUUACAAAACGUUGAAAAAAAAUUUCCAAAAGAACGAGAUCUUUUAGCCAAAUUAUCAAUUAUUGAAGAAGCAUCUCCACAAUUUGUCAGAAUGGCACAUCUUGCUAUUGUUGGUUCACAUCGUGUUAAUGGAGUUGCUGAACUUCACUCAAGAUUAAUUAAGGAAACGACCAAUGGUAUUACUCCUCGCAGAUGGUUACAUCAAGCAAAUCCUAGAUUAAGUGAUUUGAUAACAGAAACAUUGCAAACUAAAGAAUGGUUAAAAGAUUUGUUCAUAUUAAAAAAUUUAACAAAAUAUGCUGAUAAUCCAGAUUUCAAGAAAAAAUGGAAAGCUAUCAAACAUUCAAAUAAGGUGCGUUUGGCUGACUAUAUUAAAGCACAUACUAAUAUAGCGGUAAACGCAAAUGCUUUAUUUGACGUUCAAGUAAAAAGAAUUCAUGAAUAUAAAAGACAAUUUAUGAAUAUUUUGGGUGUUAUUCAUCGUUAUAAUGCGUUGAAAAAAUUGAGUGCUGAUGAAAUUUCAAAUGUUGUCCAUCGUGUUGUUAUAUUUGGUGGUAAAGCUGCUCCUGGUUAUUAUAUUGCUAAAUUGGUAAUAAAAUUGAUAAACAGUGUUGCAGAAGUUGUUAAUAAUGAUCAAAGUAUUUAUGAUUCUUUGAAAGUUGUUUUUAUACCAGAUUAUAACGUAUCAGUUGCAGAAAUUAUCAUUCCAGCUUCAGACAUUUCACAACACAUUUCAACAGCUGGUACAGAAGCUUCCGGUACAAGCAAUAUGAAAUUUGUGUUGAAUGGUGGUUUGAUUCUUGGAACAGUUGAUGGUGCUAAUAUUGAAAUUCACCAAGAAAUUGGCGAUGAAAAUAUUUUCAUGUUUGGAAAUUUGGCCGAUGCUGUUGACGAUUUAAGACAUGCUCAUAGAUAUCGAAAUGUCGAGAUGGAUCCAAAACUAAAAGAAGUUUUAGCAAGUAUCGAAUCUGGACAAUUCGGUGAUCCAAGAAUAUUUUCUCCAUUAACCAGUACAUUAACAAUAGGAAAAGAUUAUUAUUUAAUUUCCGACGAUUUUGGUUCAUAUCUUCGAUCACAACAAAUGAUCGAUGAAGCUUAUAAAGAUGAAGAUGAAUGGAUAAAGAAAAGUAUUCUUUGUACUGCUCUUAUGGGCAAAUUUUCUUCUGAUCGUUCUAUUCAAGAAUAUGCAGAUAGUAUUUGGAAUGUUGAACCAGUUAAAGUUAUUUAA